UAAACAAGUAAUACUUUAAUGAUCUUCUGGCCGUAUACUAUAUUUUAAUUUUUCCACAGGUUUAUAUAUUUAGGAUGCCAGAUAUAAUCCUAUAUAUGAAAAAGAGGAAAACUAAAAGUUAACCUCGACACACGUGUCAAUGUCAAAAGAUUAAAAAUUUUUUAAUAAAAAAAUUUUUCUUUAAUGUUGUUGUUAACAAUGUUAUAUAUUAUAUAGAAAUGGCAACGACAAAUCACGAACUUUUGUUUAUUUCCAUAUUCCUGACUAUAAAUUUGAUCGGAGAACUUGUCCAAAUAGAAACAUUUGCUCAAGUUAAUUCAAAUUCUAAUAUAACUAAUAAUUCAAGUUCUAAGAACACUGUGGCACAAAAUGCUCAGCACGUAAAUGAAAAUAAUAAUAUAGAUGAUAAACAGAAAAAUUUGUUACCUGACAAUGAAAGUAACAAUUCAGAUGUUGAAUCCGGAGCUGUGAUUAGAGGAAUUUUAGUUUUUGUUGGAAUAGGUUUAAUAUUUAUUGUAUAUAUAGCUUGUAAGACAUACAGAAGGAACAAAAUGCCAAUUAUAAAAAAAUAUGGUGUAAGAGGCCGUAAGUCAGAUGUGGAAAUGAAACCCUUACCACUCGAUGAUGAUGAAGAUGAUGAAACUGUUUUCGAUUUAGGAAACUUGAAUAAACCAUAAGUCCUUUAUCAACAUUUUGUAUAUAAUAAAUCGACGCACUACGUGCGUAAAACAAUUCCACGCGGAACACUUUUAAACUUGUCGCAAACUGAACACUGAGAGGGCGGAGCAAGAGAGUCGAUGCGAGCGGCAAUCAAAAUGAAAAACCGCGUAAAACGGGGACUUACCAUCAAAUCACGACUUAGUUACUUACUGUAUUAUAUAGUAAUAAACAGGCAAGAAAACAACACAAUAAAAAAAAUUAGAAACGACGAAUCUUCAA